AUGGGAACGAGGAACAUUGAUGAUAAAAAAUAUGAGGGUUUCGAAUCGAGGCAUCAGCAACAGCUGCUAGCAGCGGGCGUACCGAAGCACUUCUGGCGACGCUUACAUGAAAAGCUUGUCAAUGAGAUAUUUGAUGCGGGUGACUUUUUUCAAAUAUUGGAAGAAGUUAAUGAAGAUGGCAAACAUCAUUAUACAGUUGUGGCAUUGCAACCACUGAGAAUAGACGAUCCCAACUGCAUUUUUCUCAUAGAUCAUGCAUGGACUUUUCGACCACAGAUUGCACGCAGGCAGCUACAUGAAAUUCCUGGUCUCUUGGAUCGGAUUUGUAAUGUUUUCAAUAUUGAAGAACAAGAAAGAAGUACAGCAGAGAGUCAUUCGGAUUAUGGUAGUAGUGGUGACGAAGUGCAAAGUCCAAGUGGAUUGGGUUCCCAAGCUGAAAGUCAUCAGAAAGAAGAUAUAUUGUCGAUGAGUCAUUGUGACAGCUUUAAAAAGCAUUCCAAUGACAAGUGUGGUAGUGAUGCGAAAUCAGAUGGUGCCAGACUUCGUGAUGAUGCUGGACCCAGUAAUUUUAAGGAACAUCGUAAUAGCCUUCCGGAAAGUAUAACAGGGACCCCAAUGUCGGGAAGUCUUACUACUGUUUCAGAAGAUGAACACCGAAUAAAUGAAGUUUUGCGUCAUAUGUGGCGUUAUAUUCAUACCUAUACAAUGCGUUUUGUAGAAAAGGUACUAAAAUAUCCAAAGGAACCGGAUGAAUGCGAUAUGCCGUUAUGGUACAUGCCUGAUGAGUUUGGUGUUCGAAUUGGUCAUAGUCAUAUGCCUAACUGUCGAAUGGUACCUAUCUUUCAUAUGCCAGAAAAUAUAGCUUACAAUUUGCUAUUUCCCAUUCAAAAUGUGGAAAUUGAAGGAACUGUUACUCGUGAUUAUGUCGACACAACAAUCAUGAGAACUCAUCCAGAAUGGCGUCAUAUUUUAAUGCAUCCGUGGACUCCUGUAGAUUUAACAGGCGAAAAGCUUGAGCAUAUUGUUGCUCCAGAUUCACAUUUCACACGCUGUCGUGUCCCUGAUAUUUUCCCACCAGAUGCUCCAAAUAACGUUCCCGGUAUUGAUUUAUCAUCAGGGAAAGUACGUGUGUUUGGUGACGAUUUGCAACUUUUUUCAAAUUUAAAAAUAAUCGAAAUUGUAAAAGUUAAUUGCAUCGAGGAUGCUGAUAUCAUAUGGAUGAGGAAACAUUUCAGCGAUUACAAACUUUUGUAUGAGAAAAAUCCGAAAGCUUUGAUAAAUCAAUUCCCGUACGAUAGUGUGUUGACGGUAAAAGAUUUAUUGUCGGCGACAAUACAAUCAGUAUAUCGUGAUAGUGUGCUAGAUCCGAAGCUGAUGCAUUGGGAACCACUGUGGUUCGAAACAACAUUCAAUCUUGAAAUUGAAUUGCCGCAGUUUGUAGCGUAUUAUCAACAACGAGCACUCAAGAAUAUGGAUAAUACCUGGAUAGUAAAGCCAUGGAAUCUUGCACGAGGUCUUGAUAUACACGUGACUGAUAAUUUAUCCUAUAUUAUCCGUCUUAUCGAAAGUGGACCUAAGAUUGCGUGCAAAUAUAUUCAUCGACCUGUCCUAUUUCGAAGGCCUGACAGUGGUAAUAUGGUGAAAUUUGACUUACGUUAUAUCAUAUUUUUGCGUUGUUUACAACCACUGAAGCUGUUUUUGUACAAAAAUUUUUGGGUACGAUUUGCAAUCAAUGAUUUUUCCCUUUCCGAAUUGGAUGAUCGUGAUACUCAUUUCACAGUAUUCAAUUAUAAUGAGGGUGAGAAAGUUCUAAACAUGGACUGCAAAGAUUUUAUUGACCAAUGGGAGAAACUGUAUGCUGUGAAAUGGAGCGAAAUACAAAAGAAAAUCAAUGAAGUUAUCAAAGAUGUGAUUAAAACUGUAUCUAGGGAGAGCCCUCCUCGCGGAAUCGCACCAAAUGCACAGUCUCGAGCAAUGUAUGGAAUAGACAUAAUGUUGAAGUGGGACUCUGAUGAUCUCGCUACGCGUAAAAUUUGUGUCUCAUUUAUCGAGGGAAAUUUCAUGCCUGAUUGCGAUCGUGCUUGCAAAUUUUAUGCGGAUUUUGCAGAUACAGCUUUCAAGGCGCUAUUUACGGAUGAAAAUAUUGCUGAUAUGUCGUUCGAGCUAGUUUAA